CAUGUGGCAAGUGUGACGAGGGAGGGUUAGGCAGUGGGGUAUCAGGUCGUGCAGAAAGUGUAGGUGGUGGGGCAACAGUAAGUGCAGGAAGUGGUCCAGGUAGUUACAGGAGGUGUAGGAAGUAUUAGGCAGGCUAGGUUAGACGAGGAAGAUCAGGAUAGUGAUAGUGAAGGUAGUGUAGAUACUGAAGACAGUGAAGAUAGUGACGAUGAGUACAAGACAAAUGUUUCUUGUUCUGGUAAGCAUUAUAAAGUAAGGGGGAAAGUACUAACGUCUGACCUUCACAGCCUUCUCUACAAGAUUGAAUAGAAGGCAAACAAGGUCAUAGAUCCUGUUAUGGGUAAAGGGCACUCAAAUUUGUCUGAGACUAAAUUUCAUGUUCUUACUAAGUUCAGGCCCAAGGAUGUUAACUUACACCAACUUCAUUAUGAGUUUUCAACAAAUCUUGGUCUUUGCCAAAGUCACAUGACAUUUCUUGGCAAGUGUAAAGGCAGUUCUUACCACUGGGCCAGAGAUCUCUUUGCAAAGAUGGGCCUUCCAGAAGUCGAGGGUCUGGAUGACAUUGUUACCAAAGAAAAUGUUGAGAGAAUGAGGAGGCUUGAGAGGCAGAAAAGGACAAGUAAAAAACCGGCAGUUUAUGUUCAAACAGAAGCGGCAACAGGAACAGCAGAAGAG